UUUCCCGCCAAAAGGUUUAGGGUGUUUCGAAAUUCUAGGCUUUCGCAGCGCCAUGGCUGAUCUGGAGCUGCUUCUAUCGCUUCGGGACGAAUGCGGCGAAGAGAAGGACAGCACAGAAAUCAAGGAUCGAUCGAACAGCGGUGAGAUUUUGCCGCGCCCUUCGACAGGCUAUUGCUCCGAUGAAGAGGAAAGGCCCAAGCCCGUGCUAAACAUGUCCAUUUUCAAGGAUGUGCUGAAAAGCAGUGGAAGUUUAGUGAAAUGCCCGCCGGCCUCUGUCGAGAAAUCAAAGGGAGUUUCUGUGCAAAGCUUCGGAUCAAACGGCAGUACACCAGAUCUCGAAGUUCACUCUGGUCUUCGCAUCAGAAACAGAUGUCUUAGCCGUGAGAUGCUAACUACAAAGCUCAUGGAGCUGCGAUUCGUGAAGCUUGAAGCUCUCAAGCAUGCAGUCAUUGGCGAUGGUGUUAGAGGUUCUUGGGCAACAAUUGCCGUUCUGUCAGACAAGGGCCAACCCCGAGUGUCAUCGAACUCGAAAAACUAUGUCAUUUGGAAGCUGUCUUGCCUGAACGAGUCUACCGUUUCCUUGUUUUUGUUUGGGGAUGCUUAUAAAGAACACUGGAAAGAGGCGGUCGGUAGUGUCAUUGCGAUUUUCGAUGCUAAAGUUCGUCACGAUGACAAGAAAGGCGAUUUUAGCGUGAGCGUUGCUGAUGUGAAUCAAUUGACAGUUGUGGGGACGUCACUGGAUUUUGCCAUUUGUAACGGGAAGCGCAAAGAUGGAGCUCCUUGCUCAGUACCGGUUAACAGGAAAGAGGGUGCAUACUGUAAAUUUCACGCUCUCGCAGCACGCAAAAACUUGAGAAGUAAACGACCAGAGUUAAAUGGCGGAAACCUUGCUACUGGAUUGACCGGGUCGAUGAGAAACCAGAAUCGCGGAAUGCAGUCCCUCAAGCACACUAUAGAGAAAUCACCGGAGCAGCCAUUGAAGCGAGUAAAGCAUCGGUCGUCUUUAGAGCUUUCUAAGAUGCUGAGCAAUGGCGACAAAAUGACGACACGAACGUCGUCGCAAGGUUUAAGAUUUCUGGCUAGAAUGACAGAUAACAACGAAGACAAAGAACUCUCCAGUUCCAACCAGAAGAAGAAACCGGCAGUAUCAGAUCGCAAGCCUUCCGACAAGAAGCAAGUGGAAGUUUCAAACAGGAGACCUUCUUGCAGGAAGGUCUCCUGUUUGAAACAGGAGAGAGAUAGUGUAUCGAGGCCUCCCUUGAAAGAGCUAUCCAACUCGAGCAAAGAUCGAGCACUCGGGAACGAGGUCGUGGAAAUCGACUUGGAAGUGGAAGAGGAUACGGACAAUGCCAUGGCCCAGGCGAUGUCGAUAUUUAAAUCAUAAUCCGCGCAAAGCAUGCAUAUCUCGAGAGGCCACCAAGAACCAAUGAUCCAAAGCUUGCAAGCCACAAGAAAUUCGCGUGGAUAUUUUUCUUCAUACGAAACAUCCCCAGGAAGAAGAAAUUCUAGCGGCCGGAAAGCGCCUUAUCUAAGAGGGGAGGCUCUGCCACGCGUCAUUCUUUUAUUCGCGGCCAGGAGCCCACGUCAUCGCGAUUAGUGUAAACCCCCAUUUUGACUUUAAGCUAAUGGCGCUCCUCUAGCUAGUAGCCA